UGAAAGGUGAAACUCGUGGGUUUGGAUGUUGAAGCUUCAAAACAAACCGGACUAGGAAUUGAAUUCAUGUGAUGUUUAUUAGAACUGUAUAAAAUAUUCAUGUUUGGUUAGAAAUAUUGUAUAUGUGGGAUUGUGGAACUCACCCGGUGCAGGUGUUCAGUUUACUUCCAGUUGGUGUAGUUUGCUGGUAAGCUAACGGCUAAUCGGUAGCCUGUUUUCGCGGGUUGAUGUAGUUGGUUGCUCACACUGACCUGCACUUUAAUGUUACAUCCACCGCGCUCGGUUUAAUACAUUUAUUCACUUUUAAUCACAUUAACACACCGAGCAGAACUAAACUUUAAACAUACAGACUCGUUAAAGCUACGUAAAGUUUCUGGUUAGUUUAGCUUUAGCUUAUUUAGCUGACUCAGUUGGGUGGAGAGAUGGCUGAGAGACCGGAGGAUCUGAAUCUACCCAACGCUGUCAUCACCCGCAUCAUCAAAGAGGCUCUACCAGAUGGGGUAAACGUAUCUAAAGAAGCAAGAAAGGCAAUUUCUCAAGCAGCAAGUGUGUUCGUCCUGUAUGCAACAUCAUGUGCCAACAGUUUUGCCAUGAAAGCCAAAAGGAAGACCCUGAAUGCUGGGGAUGUGAUGUCAGCCAUGGAGGAGAUGGAGUUUGAGCGUUUCCUACCACCCCUGCGUGAGGCUCUCGAGGCCUACAAGAAAGGGCAGAAGGGCAAAAAGGAGGCAUCGGAACAAAAACGAAAGGACAAAGAGAAGAAGAACUGCACUGAGGAGAAUGACAAGAGCAGAGAAGAAGAGGAGGAGGAUGAAGAACACAUGGAGGAAGAGCAGGAUGGAGAGAACGAAGGAGACGAGGAGGAUGUUGAGAACUGAGCAGAAAUAGCUGAAGUUUAGCAAUAUUUUUCUACCUGUCCUGGUGUGUGAAAGACUUUGAAACUUAAUGGUUCAACUUUGCUGAGGGAAAAAUGGGGAAAGAAAAUCCCACAACCAACCAGCACUUGGUCUGUACAUUAUUUAAGCACAGACAAAUAAAGGUACCCGAUCACUAGUAACACUGAACUUGAAGCUGCCUUUGGAUGUGGUCUCCAUUUCUACCUUCUUUAUAGCAGGGAGGUUUGAUUUAACUGUUCAGUCAGAGUAACAGAUUUAAUACAAUUCACUUCAUUUGAUUCACAUUCAUAUAAAAAUAACUUGAAGUGUUGGAAACCUGGCAGCACUUAGUGGGAAAUAGUUCAUGAUUUUGAGAAUAAAAUCGGACAAAAAUGAAAUCGGAUUCUUCUCAGGAGGCGAUGGUUCUAACACUGGGACUUUAAAUGUGUUUGUACUUUUAUAGAAAUGAAUUUGCAUGUUUUGACUUCUUUUCAUAUUAAAGGUGUUUGAAUUUC